UCAUUCCUGUAUUUGAAUUUACACCAAUAAAGUUAUUUGAUUUGAUUUGAUUUAUAAAUGUCCAUCAGGAAAGUUUGCCACAAUAAAAAAAAAUGUUUUAUCUAAUUUCUGAGAACAAUUAUAACUUGCUGUGUCAGAAUCAGAAGCACAAAUUAGGAGAAAGAGAGCACAAAUCAGGAGAAAGAGAAUAUAAAUCAGGAAAAAGAGAGCACAAAUCAGGAGAAAGAGAGCACAAAUCAGGAGAAAGAGAGUAUAAAUUAGGAGAAAGAGCACAAAUAGGAGAAAGAGAGCACAAAUCAGGAGAAAGAGAGAGAAAGACAGCACAAAUCAGGAGAAAGAGAGCACAAAUCAGGAGAAAGCACAAAUCAGGAGGAAGAGAACACAAAUCAGGUGAAAGAGAGCACAAAUCAGUAGAAAGGGAGUAUAAAUUAGGAGAAAGAGGGUAUAAAUUAGGAGAAAGAGAGCACAAAUCAGGAGAAGGAUCACAUAAUUCAGAAGAAAGAGAGCACAAAUCAGGAGAAGGAGUGCACAAUUCAGAUGAAAGAGAGCACAAAUCAGGAGAAAGAGAAUACCGGUAUAAAUCAAGAGAAAGUGAGCACAAAUCAGGAGAAAGAGAGCACAAAUCAGAAGAAAAAGAUCACAAUUCAGAAGAAAGAGAGCAUAAAUCAGGAGAAAGAGAGCACAAAUCAGGAGAAAGAGAGUAUAAAUUAGGAGAAAGAGAGCACAAAUCAGGAGACAAAGAGUAUAAAUCAGGAAUAAGAGAGCACAAAUCAGGAGAAAAAGAGUACAAAUCAGAAGGAGAGUAUAAAUUAGGAGAAAGAGAGUACAAAUCAGGAGAAAGAGAGUAUAAUUCAGAAGAAAGAGAGCAUAAAUCAGGAGAAAGAGAAUGUAAAUCAGGAGAAAGCACAAAUCAGAAGAAAGGGAGUAUAAAUUAG